AAGAUUUUUCACACCUUCAGCUCAACAACUAAAGCCUAGCUACAGAAAGUUCUCAUAAAAUGAAGGCCUUUCAUUUCCUUGUCCCAUUCGCUUUGGCUUUGGCUUUCUCUUUUGCCUCAGCCUCUGACCCUAGCCCUCUCCAGGACUUUUGUGUUGCAAUUCCUGAACCUAAGAAUGCUGUGUUUGUUAAUGGGAAGUUCUGCAAGAACCCAAAUCUCACUGUAGCUGGUGAUUUCUCUAUUUCGGGACUCAAUAUUCCAGCAUUUACAGGAAACCGAGUUGGAUCAAAUGUCACCCUCAUAAACGUUGACAAAAUUUCAGGACUUAAUACUCUUGGCAUUUCUCUUGCUCGGUUAGACUUUGCUCCUUACGGUGGCUUAAAUCCUCCCCACACUCACCCUCGUGCCACAGAAAUCCUUGUAGUUGUGGAAGGCACUCUUUAUGUUGGCUUUGUCACAUCCAACCCCAAUCGCUUAUUCACCAAAGUUUUAUACCCAGGAGAUGUUUUUGUGUUUCCAAUUGGUCUCAUUCACUUCCAGUUUAAUAUUGCAAAGACUAAUGCAGUUGCAUUUGCAGCUCUAAGCAGCCAAAACCCAGGCGUCAUCACCAUAGCAAAUGCAAUCUUCGGGCCUAAUCCACCCAUUAAUCCUGAUGUUCUAGCUAAGGCCUUCCAAUUGGAUAAUUAUACGGUAGAAAAACUGCAGAAACUGUUUGCGACUUCGUAAAAGAACCAUUUGAAGUCAAUGCUGCUCAUUGUUUUAAAAUAAUGUUUAGUUAUGUUUCAUGCACUUGUCUCCAAUAAUUGAGCAAGCAUAUUCUAAUUAUAUGCAAAUGUGUGUAUGCAAGGUGGUCUUAUAAUAAUUCAAUAAAGGAACUUUUGGGUAUGCCUUCUC